AAGACCACUACCUAUUGUUGCCAUGGCUCUGGCAAUUCUAUAAUGUCAGGAAUCAUGGUAAAAUGAUGUUACAAUCAAAUAGAACUCUUAGAAUGUGGUGGCCUCCUGCAGCCUCCAUAUGAAAUGACAUGUAGAUGUGGUUGCUUGGUAACACCAUAAUUGUUUGCUGGAUAACUUCCACUGUUGGCUGCCAUAUUCCAAGCCUGGAGUCAAAUAUGCAGCAUGGAAUAUAUUGCUGCCUCCACUACCCACCUUAUAUUCCUUUGGAUUCUAUUACUGUCUCUUAAGAGUUCAAACUUAGCCAUAGAGCUAUGUCCCACCUUAUGCCGUUGUACCUUAGAAAUCCUCAACUGCAGCAGGACUACCAAUUCUCCUCAUCUCUACCGUGUGCCUAAUCCAGAGCCAUUUGGCCAUGAAUAUAACUUUGUCAUGCUGGAUUUCACUGAAAAUGCAAUUUCUUCCAUUGACAAAUGGGCGUGGUGGGCCUAUCCUUUGACUGAGAACUUGAUUCUCAAGAACAAUCGCUUGAGCAGGCUGGACAAUAUAUCUUUAGAUGGCUUGUUUUUCCUUGUACACCUGGAUGUUUCAUAUAAUCAAAUCCAGACCAUUGAGACAAAUGCAUUUGACCAUCUUCCAUUUCUGAAAUCUAUCAAUCUCAGUGGCAACUGUAUUUUGCGUAUAAUGGAAGGGACCUUUCAGACCUGGCAUGGGAUGCUGUUUCUAUCCAAGGUGAUUCUCAGCCAUAAUCCACUGAGAGAGAUUGAGGAUUCCCAUUUCUACAGAUUGCCUUCAAUGGAAUUCCUGGACCUUAGUUCUACAGAAAUAACUCAAGACAUUCUACAGAAUUUGCUCAAAAUUUCCUUGAAAACUCUGAAAACUAUUGUUUUGCCUAGGAAAAUGUCCUAUUACCAUCACAAAAUUCUGAGUUCCAUUGAAGUCUUGCACAAAACUGCCAAAUUGGAUUGCACCAACAAUUGUCUCUUAAAUAUCAUUGAGUACGAGGAAGAGGAACUUUGGGCAACUACGCAAGAUAAAAUAAUGAAAGAACUGGAAACCAGGAAACUAAUUGCACUCUUAAGAAAAUUAAUUCUUGAUGAAUUUGUGAAUAAGAAGCGAGCUGUUGAAAACCUGAUGAAGAACCUGGAUACAUUAGACAAGCUUCUACAGGAGGCUCACAAAACAGUGGGAAGUGAAGAGGAGGCUCAAGAGUUAGUGGCCAAAAUAGAAAAGCUGCGCACCUUAAUUUCCGGAAGUCCUACUGAUAACUCAAAAACUUUUAAUGAAGUCUUGCCUGAUAAAACAUUGUCUCAUGAGACACAUAGUGAGCAUCAGGAACAAACUACCUCUGCUCCCCCUUCAGUUAAUUUUUUACCACACAGUGAUGACUGUGUUCUCUUUGAAGCAAUGUUGAACAAACUAUUGGCAUUUCUCAUCCCAGAUGAACUAACCAAGAACCUCAUUUUCCGGAUAAUCUGUAACUCAUUUUAUUUUUAUUUAUGUUAUGUUAUAUUUAUAAAAGUUAUUGGCAACCCAUUUGGGUAGCUCUUGGCAUCUUACAAUAUUAAAAUAAAUAAAAACACAUAUGGCAUA